AUGGCACCCUCACCCUGCGCUCUGUGCAAGGUGAACCGGGCGCUUAUCCUGCGACCCAAGGAUCAUUCUAAGCUUUGCAAGACGUGCUUCAUCUCCGUCUUCGAAACCGAAAUCCACCACACUAUUACCACAAACUCGCUUUUUAAACGCGGCGAAAAGGUCGCCAUCGGCGCAUCAGGUGGUAAGGACAGCACUGUCCUUGCUUCUGUUCUCAAGACUCUUAAUGAGCGCUACGACUAUGGGCUUGACCUCAUCCUGCUAUCCAUUGAUGAGGGAAUCAAAGGUUACCGAGAUGAUAGUUUGGAAACGGUCAAGAGGAAUGCGGAGCAGUAUAGCAUGGACUUGACGAUCCUAGGAUACGCGGAAUUGUAUGGGUGGACGAUGGAUCAAGUGGUGGAGCAGGUAGGAAAGAAAGGCAACUGCACGUACUGUGGCGUCUUUAGGCGGCAAGCUCUCGAUCGUGGAGCGUCACGGCUUGGAGUCAAGCACGUGGUGACAGGACACAAUGCUGAUGAUGUCGCGGAGACUGUCCUAAUGAACUUGCUCAGAGGCGACCUUCCUCGUCUAUCGCGCACAACCUCCAUCAUCACGUCUACUCCUUCAGCGUCGUCCGAUCCUGCCUCGAAUACGAACAUCAAGCGCAGCAAGCCCCUCAAGUACGCAUACGAGAAAGAGAUAGUUCUCUACGCCCAUCACAAGAACCUGGACUACUUCAGCACCGAAUGCAUAUACUCACCCGAAGCCUUCCGCGGCAGCGCGCGCGCCCUAAUUAAGAAUCUUGAAAGGGUAAGGCCCAGCGCUAUCCUUGACGUGGUCAGGAGUGGUGAGGACAUGGCAAAGCUAGUACCCGGUAGCGACGAAGGCUGCGGAGGUGUUUGCGCGAGUAGUGUGCCUGUCGCCGAAGAAGAGGAAGGUGGGUGUGGAAGUGCUCAAGGGCGCAGCACAGGUGGUGAAAUGGCGAGUGUGGAGGCACGACUCAGGCAGAACGAAGCAGCCGUCGACGGCAACCUCGAGACCGAAAUCACCACCAAAAGCGUCAACAGGACCGGACAGCAAGGCAACGGCGCAGUACCUCUAGCGAACGGAAAGAAAGCCAAGAAGGGCUUCACACCCAAGAAGACGAGCAAGCAGGUCAUGGGCCAGUGCAACAAGUGUGGAUACCUCUCGAGCCAGGAAGUCUGCAAGGCCUGCGUUUUGCUCGAGGGACUCAACAAGGCGCGACCGAAGAACAAGAUUGAAGUCGGUUACGAAGUCCAAGACGUCAGCUUGAACAGCGUUCGCGAUGAACUUGAGGCCACGACGAUAGGGGGAGAAUGA